AUGUCGAUCGGAAUGAGCAACCACAGGCAGAAGCUGCGCAUCUGGAUCUACCUCCUGGGCGUGGUUGUCGUGCUGCUCGUCGCCUUCCACAAGACAGAGUACGGCGGCGGCCUGGGAGGCUCCGAGCUGGCCUCGAUAUGGCGCAACUCGCGGAUCCAGCAACGGAAGCCGCGAUACGUCUUUGUCGACCUGGGCGCCAACCGCGCCGAUUCUCUCAAGACGUUCCUCGAGGUGGAGGAUGCCAAGUUCAAGUUCUCGUUCCCCAAGCCCGACUGGGCGACGCACGAGCAAGCCGACAUCUACCUCUUUGAGGCAAACCCCGUCUUCAACGAGGCGCUCGUCACCGCCAAGGAGACAUACCAAGCGCAGGGCCUAAGCAUCACCAUCUUCCCCACCACGGUGGUGGACGUCAAGGACGGCACCCGCACCUUCUACCUCGACACGGUCAACGGGGAUAACGACUUCUGGGGCUCCUCCACCAACGCCAACCACCCGGAUGUCGUCAAGUCGGGCUCCAACGGCACCGAGCUGUCCGCCAUCAACAUCUCCAGGUGGCUGCUGAUGAACACGCUGCCCAAGGACUACGUCGUGGUCAAGAUGGACAUUGAGGGCUCCGAGUACGACGUGGUCCCGCACAUGGUCGAGAUGGGCAUCUGGUCCGUGGUGGAUUACCUCUUUGUCGAGUGGCACAAGAACGUGGCGGGAGAAGAGGCCAUGGCUCGAGGCCAUGCCGCCAAGGAUAAGCUCAUUAGCAAGGGGGUUCAGAUGCCCUCGUACGACUCGUGGACGUGA